UGAAAUUAAUUCCCGACUUGAUGCAGUAUCUGAGAUUCUCUUCUCAGAAUCAAGUGUUCUUGGUCAAAUCAUAUCUCUAUUGUGUAAGGUUCCAGAUGUUGAGAGAGGAAUUUGUAGUAUUUAUCAUAAAAAGUGUUCUGUUCAAGAAUUCUACUUGGUAGUAAGCACACUCUCUAACUUGGAAACAGCAGUCAAAGCACUGGUUCCAGCUAUACAAGUUCAAGUGCGGACAUCCUUGCUGCAUAAAAACCUCUUGGAAAUUCCUGAAUUGCUUAGUUCAACAAAAAAAUAUUUAAGUAAACUUAAUGAAGAAGCAGCAAAAAUUGGUGACAAAACCGAACUAUUCAGGGAUUUGGAUGAUUUUCCUUUAAUAAGGAAGAGAAAGGAUGAGAUUCAGACAAUACUCUGUCAAAUCCAGAAUCAUAUUCAGGAUGUACGAAAAAUACUAAAUUCCUCCUCUGUGGACUACGUAUCAGUAUCAGGGCAAGAGUUUCAGAUUGAAGUUAAAAAUUCAGUUGUAUCUUUUGUACCAUUAGAUUGGAUUAAAGUUAGCAGCACAAAGGUUGUGAGCCGUUUUCACACUCCUUUUAUUAUAGAAAAUUACAGAAAGCUAAAUCAACUACGUGAGCAACUGGUCUUUGACUGCAAUUCUGCAUGGCUAUGUUUUUUAGAUCAUUUUAAUGAGCAUUAUCAUGCACUCUCUCAAGCUGUGGAUCAUCUAGCAACUGUGGACUGUGUUUUUUCCUUGGCUGAGGCUGCCAAACAAGGAGAUUAUUGCAGACCUGUCAUAAUAGAUGAAAGAUCAGAAAUAAUGAUAAAAAAUGGGAGACAUCCUGUGAUAGAUGUGUUACUAGGAGAGCAACAGCAAUAUGUUCCAAAUGAUACAUUCUUGUCAGAAGAUAGUCAAAGAGUAAUGAUAAUUACUGGACCUAACAUGGGUGGAAAGAGCUCUUACAUAAAACAAGUUGCAUUGAUUACUAUCAUGGCACAGAUUGGUUCUUAUGUACCAGCUGAAGAAGUAAGAAUUGGUAUUGUGGAUGGCAUAUUUACCAG